UUUUCUUACAGAACUGAAGUAGGAUCCCAAUUAGCAAAUAAGCUAGGGUGGAAAUUCUACGAUGCAGAUGAUUACCAUCCACAAAGCAAUAAACUGAAGAUGGGAAAAGGGAUCCCAUUAACUGAUCAGGACAGACAUCCUUGGCUCUGUGAGUUGCAUAACCUGAUAAUGAGUGAUGAAGCCCACGGUCAGCAUGUGGUGUUAGCAUGCUCUGCACUGAAGAAAGCCUACAGGGAAACGCUGGCUACUGGGACAAAAUUAUGUACAUCUGACAGAAAGCAGCAAGAAAACCUUGAUCCAGAUAUAUUUUUCAUCCACUUACAAGGUUCAUGGAAAGUGAUCUCUGAGAGGAUUCAGAGAAGAACAGGACAUUUCAUGCCAGUAGAAUUGUUAGCAUCACAGUUUGACACGCUGGAUUCUCCAGCAGCACCUGAACGUUUCAUGUCCGUAAAUGCAGAGAAGGACAUUUCACAAAUAGUUUUAGAAAUAAAAGGUGUGUUAGAGGGUAAGAUGUAA